GACGGAAUAGUCUCCAAGGGCGAGUUCCAGGAAGGUUUCCACGUCCUCUGUACAAGGGAGGCAAAGAACGUCUCACAGGAGGUGCUCUCCGCCAUCGCUAAGAACGUGGAAAACUUUACAUCUGCUUCAAGCAUGAAGAAGGCGGCUCUGACCGCUGCCGCGAGGCAUCUCGAAGGUUAUGAGCUUCAGAAGCUCUUGGACAAGUUCGAGUCGGAGUGGAAACUUGGUUUCGCCAUGGCAGAUGGCAGCAAGACUGCCACGUGGGCGGAGGAGGCUUUCCUGGCUUUGGACACAGACGGAUCUGGAGAGAUCGACUACAGCGAGUUCCUGGCGGCUGUGAUGGAUGCGAAACACCUGGAGAGACGGGAUCUCCUUUGGGCGACGUUCCAGGAGUGUUGGCGCCAUAUAGAGGUCAAAACAAAAGUAUUUAGUUACUAUGUUUUUUUGGUUUCACCACUUGCCAUUGUCCCGUACACAACGCCCCAACGUCCUAUUCUAGUCAUUAAGAGCCCUAUGUGGCAGGGUUUGUUCAAGGGCCCUUCUCGGCUUAAGGUUUGGGGUUCAGCGGUUCGGUUAAAGGAUUCGGUCUAA